GAUGAAGAGGUUAUCGAUACGGAUGUGGAAGAGUGUAUUCUGAAGAUAGAUUUCAAGAAGGAUGAUUUCAAAGAACUUGAGGAGAUUCAAGUUGACGGGAAAGGUGAACAAAUAUGCCGAAUACUUAAACAACAUAUUGAAAAUAAGGAUCUUGUCAACUACAUUGAUCGCUUCAGGACUGCUCAGAGGCGACUGGACACGGCUAUAAUAGCGAUUGAAGAGAAUGACCUCAAUAAACUGAAGAACAUCAUAGAUCCACAACUGGUUCUUAUGCGAGAUCCAAGAGGGUUGACGUUACUUCAUGUGGCCGUAUGCAAAGAACGACACGAAAUUGUUGAAUAUUUGGCGGAUAAAUUUCCGGACUGCAUUAAUGUUACCGAUGAGGUCAACGGUCGUACAGCGGUUCACUUUGCAGCAACCCAACAAAAUGCAAUCUAUGACACUCUUCUUGAGUACGGUGCUGAUUCAGAUCUUCCUGAUAAUGAUGGCUGGACAGCUGCCCGUUAUCGUACCUGUCCAGAUCGCUUCAUCAGACCGUUAUCGCGAGUGACCUGUGCAUCAUCUCCACUUUUCACAUAUUUAUCAUUCGAUGAGAAUGUCUUCGAUCCGGGUUAG